AUGUUCCUGGCGGGCAACAAGGUGACCAGGGCUGUUGACAGCUAUGCGUUUGGGGUGCUUAUGUACGAGGUCUACACCAAGAAGCGCGCCUACUCGGGCCUGCCCCGCCAGGCCGUCAUAGAGCGUGUCCACAAGAUGGGCAUGAGGCCCCGCUUCCCUUCCACCACGCCGGCCGCCAUCGCGCAGCUGGCGCAGGCCUGUUGGCAGCAGACGCCGUCGCAGCGGCCGUGCUUCACGGACAUCACAGAGGCGCUGGAGCAGCUGGCUGCUGACCUGGCAGACGCGGCCGCAGCCGCCGCCGCGGGGACGGGGCCGCCACCGGCACUCUGA